CACUGCAAAGUGUUGAGCGCGGGACAGACUGGCUUUAGCCCCCACACACAAACACCUCUCUCCCUCUGUCCGACAGAAGACACUGAAGCUCUGCCGUGAGACGCUCACACUCAUUUCAACCAAUAAUGUGAGAAUCAGACGGAAACGCUUAUCAGAUGUGUAAACUCAUCAUCGCUUCAUUGUACUCCAGUGGCGUCUGUUUUCACCCAGUUUGCUGUCAGUAGGCUAUCCACGAGGAUACCUGGUGUGAGAUGCGGCAAUGUCCCGAGGAAUAUGCCCACGCGUGAACUCUUGCAGACCCGUUUGGAUUUUGUCAGCGGUCUUAUUUGCGGUGGUUGUGAUCGACGCGGACGCGUACAGUUGUCAUGAGGUGAGGACCGCUUUCCAGCUGCGACAGGUCGGACCGCUGCACCGAGUACCGGAGACACCUGGCACAGAUGUGGAUCUUUUGGUGUGCAAGCAUCAGGGGCCAUCCUGCUGCACCCGGAAGAUGGAGGAGAGCUACCAGUUUGCUGUAAAAAGAGAAACCCAGCACAACAUCCACUCCUACAGCUAUGAGCUGGAGCACCUCCUCUCUGGCCACUCAGAUGCCUUCCAGGACAUGUUCCAGUAUCUUCUCUCCUUCUCCCAGGGCCACCUGAGCUCUCUGUUGGAGGGAUCGUACUCACCCCUGUCCCGCCAUGCGCUACCCCAUGUAAACCAACUCUUUUCCUCACUCUCCCUCUACCUCCGUGGGGCCAACGUCUCUGUGGAGGCAUCGGUUCACCAGUUUUUCAACAACCUCUUCCCAUUGGUGUACAUGAGGCUCAUCAACCCGGGCAUCGACAACAGCAUGACCACCGCCAGCGAAAUGGGCGAGUGUCUCCGCAUGACCAGGCAGGAUGUCAACCCGUUUGGGGCUCAUCCGGCCAACAUGGCACAAGCACUGGCUGGGGCACUGGGAGCAGGUCGACAACUGGGCCUGGCACUAGACGAGGGUCUGGAGGUGAUGAAUGCAACAGAAUACGUCAGCCUGAGCAAAGAGUGUGUGAAGGGCCUUGUGAAGAUGGUAUACUGCUCCCACUGCAGAGGACUGACUCUGAUAAAGCCCUGCGUGGGCUACUGUCUGAAUGUAAUGCGAGGCUGCUUGGCCAGCGUGUCUGAGCUGGAUCAGCCUUGGAGGAAAUAUACCAGCUUACUGGAGCAGCUCACCCACGCCAUGGCUGGGCACCAUAGUCUUGAACUUGCUCUCCUCGGUGUGAGGGACUACGUUAAUGAGGCCUUGCUGUAUGCACAGCUCCAUGGUCCACUCAUCACUGCCACAGUGGACAAGGUGUGUGGCCUAUCUACUGGAGAACCCACAGGCAUGCAGCCUACGAGCCCAGAGGUCACAACCUCCACCGUGACCUCAUCUCCUGCUCCGUCUGCAGCCCCCUCCCAACCGCUACCAGAGCAGUGGCUGGGCCAGUUAGCUCACAUAAGGAGCUCGUUCCCCCUGAAACCCUCCAAGAACAAUAAACAUAAUCUGAGAACGCUCUCUAGGGAGUUCUUGAUCCACCUGCAGCGCUACAAGUCAUUCUUUACAGCAUUGCCGGAGAUGCUGUGUGAAGGGGAGAACGUUGUGGAUGACUCCACGUGCUGGAGUGGGGAUGAUGUAGUUGAAAGCUAUACAGGCAGGGUUGUUGGGAAUGGUCUCCAUGCCCAGAGGCAAAACCCAGAAGUUAAAGUGCGGACCCCAAACCCUACACUCAUUGAGGUCAAGGAGAGGUUGGAGCGCUUCAACCAGGAAACUCAUGAAAAAUUUCCUAAACUGGGUGAGAUGGAGCCCUGGGAUGAGCUGGGAAGUGGGGAGACGGAGGAGGGCAGCAGCACAGACUGUGAUGAUGAAGAUGGAUGUCAGGCCUCAGGAGAUGGUCAAGGCCACAUCUCACACACUGAAGUCUCCAGCGUAGGGAAGCCCAUCGGGAGACAGCCCGGAGGUCGCAGCCAACAUGAGAACCCGUCCAAGCCCCCCUCAGUGAGGGUGAUAGGUGGAUCGCCAUCUGUUUGCUGGGGACGACCCUGGAGCCUCGCACUGCUCUUUGCUGCAUUUUUCCUGCAGUGGACUCUGUUUUGAAGCCAGCUGCCUCUAGGAAUCACCCACCCACUCAAAUUAGCCCCUUUAGCAGCCACAUACAUAAACACAGAUAUCAUAUACAUGUCACGCUUAGUAUCCUCACUCCUGUCCUCAGCUUACAUGGGGGAAAAGAAAAAGAAAAAAGAAGGUAUGUGGAGGAGAAAAGGACAACGCUGUAGACGGGGACUAUUGGAGGAACCUGCAGCAUCACCAGUGUAGGUGUAAACACAAGCUAAUCCAUGCACGCUCAUCUACAAAAAAGGCCUGCUACUUCUGCAAAGAUGUGCCGGGGCUAGACGUCUGCGUGAACAGAACAGGACUGCUUCAUUCUGCACUUAAAAAUGCCUACAGACAUGUUUUACAUUCACAGUAUACAGUCGUCUUCUUUUUCUGCUGCUGGUUUUUACUUAAACUUUCAGGCUGAGAGCUUCAGCAAAGCUACUGCACCGUUUGCCAGCCAGGCAGAAGAAUUUGAAAACUCAAACUCAUUUUCUUUUUUUGAGGAUUAAGGAAUGCAUGAUAGAUUGAUAGAUGAGGCCAAGGUGCCUGGCCCAGAGCAGCAGAUUUGAUACACUCUAAUGACUGUGUACCUUGGCAGGGAUUAGAAUGUAAUGAGUUCACAGGUAGAGCACGGGCGCUCGCACGGCUGAGCACAUUGUGCAGACAAAACUAGGUGUGUAUAGUAUGUAACUGUAUAUAGAUGGAAAGAUUUGAUGGAGUGUGUGAGGUUCUGAAUCAACAAUAAGCUCUUAACUGAUUGAGCAGAAUGAGUCUUUCUUUUCCUUCAGCUAUGAACGAACUAUUUCUCUCUGCUCGAUCUUCAUAAAACAAUGCAAAAAAAGCUUAUAGAGGUUAUAUUUCUUUAUGAACUAAAAUAGGAAUGCACAUCAUCCAACUAAACUCCAUGACAUAUGAAACGUGUUGAUUUUACUAAUGUUUAUCAUGCAUCCAGUUUUGUGUGUUUGCCUGUUGACUUGCACAUUAAUGCAUGAAUGAACUUCCAAGUUCUUGAGAUUGUUGUGGUAGGCUGAGGCCCUUCCUAGGAUAUCAGUGCAUUGAAAACCUUUUCCUUUUCAAUUUGACCUCAGUUUAUGAUUCUGAAUUCGAAAAGAAGAUGAAGGUCAGGCUGCUGAAUUGAACACAUGCAGAUUUAAAGCUAGCACAGAAAAGAAAUGUGAGAUAUUUUUACUGAGUCUGGUGAAUUAAGUGUUUUUACAAAGCACAUUUGUAUCCAUUGGGUAAAGCCAGAGAUGUACUUACUGUUUAACCUUGCUUUUGUGUGCACAAGCUGCAUCAAUUAUACAUAAAUGGUGAGACCAGAAUCAAUAGUAGUGAGAUCAACAGUCAAUAGUAACAUCAAAUCAGCUGAGCUGUUACAGGAACUGUUAAUCAUAGAGAAUUCAAAUGCCUCUUUCUUUACUGAAUCGUGACAUCAAAAUAUACUCAUCACAUAUAGUUUGAUGACAAACUAAGCAAAUACAAACAGAACCAGAGGUACAUUCAGGUUUUUAGUUGCCACUUAACAGGGUCACUUGAACCAUAACACAGAUCUUGUUUCAGAUCAUUUUGAAGUUUUAAUGUCAAUUUCUUAAAAGGACUAGCUGUGUUACCAGUAUGUUUGUCUCUGUGCAGCGACGAUGCCACAUCAUUCAGGUGUAGAUCAUUGCAGACAUGGUUUAUAAGUUAAUCUUUAAAACUCUGUUGGUCUUUCUCAAACCACUUACUUCCACUCUGGCACAGAGAGAGGUCUCAUUCUGAUAUAACUGAAGUUCCCUCCAUAAAGGUAGAGGUUCAGAACACAGCUGAAGGCUUUGGGGUGAAAUUGAGAGGGGUCUGGCUGCAGACCGCAGAUCUCAGUCGCCCAUCCUUGCAGACCACUACAGUUAGACACCACAUCAUGCAGAACAGAAGGGACGUAAUUUUCUGGUACAGCGUUUCAAACUUUCAAACAUUCUAACAAUGAAACAAUUCCCUUUGUUCAGAGCCUGAUUUUAAUGUAAAUGGUUGCAUAUGUAAUAUAUAAUACCAUUUUUGAGCUUGAUCUUAUUGUACAGAUUGUCACCAUGACAAACAUCAAAAACUGUUAAAUAGAUCAAGUCAUUUGAAUGGCACUAAACAUAACGGACCCUCAACAGGAGCCCACAAAUGUAGUUGAAGCAUUGAGAGAGGAGAUGUAGUGAUCAGUUUGAGAAAGGCCCUAUGUGCUUUGUCCCACUGCUGUAUGAUGCAGGGCAGCCUUCAUGCAUAUGCAUAUUUGAAAGCAAGUUUAUCACUGCUUUAACUCCUCCUUUGUUAAAAAGAAAUGUUAAAAACUCGGCAAAAUAAGCUCUAAUAUAUAUCUACACCGACUCUUGAGCAGACCGUUUCCUGAAAAUCACACAUAUAAAAGAAACUUCUUUUCAAUUUGCCUUUUAAUCACUGACUUCUAUAAUGUCUUCCUCUGUGCUUUCCCUGCCUCGUGUAGAUGAGGAUGUACUUUCAGUAGACACCUGUGUGAAUGGGAAUGAAUGCAUGGUCAGUGCUAUGCAGAAACAGUAUUAAAGCUGAGAAAGCAUAGGAGCUACACACAUACAGUAUUAAGCUCUUUCAUAGGUCUCUGUGCAGUGAAAUACCUCUUCCCAUAACUCACCUUUGUUUGAGACAACUUCCUCCCCUACCUACUGAAAAGUCGCCAUUGACUCUACCUAAAAGUGGAAGAAGGAUGACUUGCUUCACUACCUACAAAUAAAUGAAUGAUGAAUAAUAGAAAUGACUACAGCUAUGUAAGGUUUUGGGCAAUUGAAAUCUCAAAUCUUGUGUUCUGUAACCAUAUUUGUUUCGCUGAUAUGAUUUCCACCAUGUAUGUUUUGUUUCUGACUGUUCAUUGCACCCACAGAUCACUUGCAGCCCUUUGCCAUUGCAUGUGUAUAAAUGUACAUAUUUUAAGUCA